AGAGUUCUGAAAGUCCCAGAAUGCACUACGGAGAAGGGAUGAAGGCAAGGCUGAGGGGCUUUUUGGGGACCAUCUUUCGUGUUGGGCGGGAAGGAGGCGCCGGGGUGAGAGUUGACCUUUGAACCUUCAUAGAAGAUUAUGAAUGUUUCUGAGACCUGGCUUUUCAAUGGUUCCUCACUAGUAUCUCAGGUUCAUGCUGCUGCUGUUAAUGGACACAAGAGUGCUCUUCUAAAGCAAAUAGCAGGUGACCCUGAUCUGAAAGACAAAGAAGACCAGUUUGGGCGAACUCCACUCAUGUACUGUGUCUUGGCAGACAGGCUAGAAUGUGCUGAAGCUUUGUUGAAGGCGGGGGUUGACCUUAAUAAAGCUGACCAUACCAAGAGGACAGCUCUCCAUCUUGCUGCCCAAAAGGGAAACUAUCGCUUUAUGAAACUUUUACUGGCUCGUAGAGCAAACUGGAUGAAGAAAGAUUUGGAAGGAAUUACCCCUUUACAUUUAACUACCCGCCACAAGAGUCCAAAAUGCUUAGCUUUGUUGCUAAAAUAUAUGGCACCAGGAGAAGUAGACACACAGGACAAGAACAAGCAAACUGCUCUUCAUUGGAGUGCUUAUUACAAUAAUCCAGAGCAUGUGAAACUUCUAAUUAAACAUGAUUCUAAUAUUGGAAUCCCAGAUGUUGAAGGGAAAAUUCCACUUCAUUGGGCAGCUAACCACAAGGAUUCCAGCGCAGUUCAUACUGUCAAAUGUAUUUUGGAUGCUGCUCCAACCGAAUCUCUGCUAAACUGGCAAGAUUAUGAAGGGCGAACUCCCCUUCACUUUGCAGUUGCUGAUGGGAAUGUGGCUGUUGUUGAUCUGUUGACCUCCUAUCAAGGCUGUAACGUUACCUCUUAUGACAAUUUAUUUCGAACGCCUCUUCACUGGGCAGCUUUGCUAGGUCAUGCGCUGAUAGUUGACCUUCUUUUAGAAAGAAAUAAGAUUGGGACCAUCCCAUCUGACAGUCAAGGGGCAACACCUUUACACUAUGCAGCCCAGAGCAAUUUUGCUGAAACAGUUGAAGCAUUUUUUAAGCAUCCUUCUGUGAAAGAUGACUCAGACCUUGAGGGAAGAACAUCUUUCAUGUGGGCUUCUGGGAAAGGCAGUGACGAUGUCAUCCAAAGAAUGCUGGAUUUGAAAUUGGACAUUGAUAUUAACAUGACAGACAAAUAUGGUGGCACAGCAUUACAUGCUGCUGCCCUUUCUGGCCAUGUCAGCACUGUGCAAUUGCUGCUAAAACAUGCAGCCCAGAUAGAUGCUACUGACGUAAUGAAACACACUCCACUUUUCCGUGCCUGUGAGAUGGGGCAUAAAGAAGUGAUACAGGCUCUCAUUAAAGGAGGAGCAAGAGUGGAUUUGGUUGACCAAGAUGGCCAUUCUCCAUUACACUGGGCAGCUCUGGGAGGAAACCCCGAUGUAUGCCAAAUUUUGAUAGAAAAUAAAAUCAAUCCCAAUGCGCAGGAUUACGCUGGUAGAACUCCACUGCAGUGUGCUGCUUAUGGGGGCUACAUUAAUUGCAUGAUGGUGCUAUUAGAGAAUAAUGCAGAUCCAAAUAUUCAAGAUAAACAGGGAAGGACAGCACUGCAUUGGUUAUGUAACAAUGGCUAUCUUGAUGCGGUCAAGUUGCUCCUGGGGUUUGGCGCCUUUCCUAAUCAUAUGGAGAACAAUGAAGAAAGAUACACUCCACUUGAUUACGCCCUGCUUGGAGGUCAUCAUGAAGUAAUCCAGUUCAUGUUGGAACAUAAUGCAUUGUCCAUAGCUGCCAUUCAGGACAUUGCAGCUGUCAAAAUACAAGCAGUCUAUAAAGGAUACAAAGUUAGAAAAACAUUUCAAAAUCGCAAAAAUCUUCUCAUGAAGCAUGAACAGCUGAGAAAAGAUGCUGCUGCCAAGAAACGGGAGGAAGAAAAUAGAAGGAAAGCCUCUGAGCUGCAGAAAGAAACACAGAAUGCUGUGACUGGCAAGGACCAAGUACACCAGGAGGAUCUUUCACAGACUCAGAAGGGUUACAAUCCACAGAACCCUAUUCAGCAUGGCAACAUAUUGCAAAACCAACCAGGAAAAAGUGGAAGAAGCUCAGCCAAAAAUAAAGUAACCAUCAAGAAUAAAUGUCACCCCGCCAAGCUGCUUGGUGAAGACCACAAAAGACAAAUAGAGGUAUCCAAAACAAGCAACAAAUACAAGUCUGCCUGUGUUUCUUCACAUUCCAGUAAGGAAAAUGAUGUGUCUCCAUCUCAGUCACAAACAAAACACCAAACUAAAUCUGCUUCAUUAGAUGGUGAUAAUAAAAAACCCAAGGUGCAUCCAAAUGUAAAUGUUACUCAUGCCCAGAAAAGGCACAUCUUCCUGAGAAAAGCCACCAACUCAGAGGAGAAACCAGAAAAUCAAAGUCAGUCAAUAACCAGUUAUACGAAUCAUUGUGAAGAAACAACUUAUAUACAGAACAAUAACUGCACUAAUGCAAGCACAAGGAAUUCAAGACAGUGUAAAGUAGUUCCUAAUGGAAACACACAACAUCUCAACCUAAAAAGCAGGGAGUUAAAUGAUGAGAGGUGUUCUCCUGCUGGUUCCAGCAGGCCUUGCAGUGCCAGAAGGAAAAGUGGGAACCUCAGAAGGGACGAUCCCAGUGCUGCUGUUACACACAACGUGACAAAUAAGAAAGUUGAUCCUUUGGUGGCCAGUAAUGCAAGGACUUCCAGGCCUCUUUGUAGCAGAAUGGCUGUGGAUAGUGGCCAUGAAGGCAGUGCAAAACGAGACAGCAAUGCUGCAGUGACACCCAGGACUUCGGAGGUGUGUUUUUUUCCGCACAAGGGUUCAAAUACUGAAAGUAUCCCAUUUGAAACCUGUAAGCAGGCAAUAGAGAAGGAGAGGGUGCGAAAAGAGCUCUAUCGGGAGAAGAACUGUGCUGCAAACAUAAUCCAAAAGGCUUGGAGAAGAUACCGAUUAAGAAAACAGUUUUUUCAGUUUUUUAGUAUUAAAAGACAGUGCAAGACUGAUGAAAACAAAUGGCGUCAAGAAACAGCAGCCUUUUGCAUUGAAGUCGUGUGGAACAAGUCGUUGAGGCCGACCCACUUGGAAAGUGCUCCUUCGGGCAGAAAUCUGAAGUCUGUAAAGAAGAGCAGUUCAGAUGUAAACGCCAAAAAAAAGCCAUCUGCCCUGAAGCAGAUAUAUGGUAAUGGGUGCUCUCAAGAGGGAAGAUUACAUUAUCCAGUACGACCUCCUUCUUCAAAAUACAAAGUUUGUGAACUGCAGAUGUUAUCAGGAAGCAGAUUGCAGUACCUUUGUCUACUGGAGAACACAGGGAAAUUUAAACAGUUUUCAUACAACAUGAAGCCAACUAAAGCACUACAAACAAAGCACACAAAAUGCAGGAAUGAAAGCAAGACUGGGCUAUAGCAGAAGAACAUAUCUGUUAUGUAGCAAGAUAUUAAAGUUAUCUUUAAUAUUUUAUCAGUAUGCCCAUAUAGGUGAUCUUAAAUAGCUCUCAUGUGCUAUAAAUAUAGGUUGCCUACCUGUAAACAGUUUCCCGAGUGGUAGCCUGUGAAUUCACACAUGUGGUAAUCCCUGCGCGCGCGCACGCAGGCAGCAACAGACAUUCUCGAGCUCACUCCAACUGACCGUUAGAGUAGCCCCGCCCUUUUCUCCUCACUCCUAUAAAUAGCCCUGCCGCAGGGCUACUGGCCAGUUCUUCCGCCGCAAAAUGCAGUCAGAAGUGCUGGGGCAUGAUCAUAAGAGUGGGGAGGACGGGCGGGAAUGUGUGAAUUCACAGGCUACCACUCAGGAAACUAUGUUUACAGGUAAGCAACCUAUAUUUUCCCCGCGUGGCUAGCCUGUGAAUCACACAUGUGGUAGACUAGCGAGCUGCUAACCUCGGUGGAGGGCAUCAUGCCACAGCUGAAAAAAGGACCACUCAGCCGAAGGCUGCAUCCCUCUUUGAUGCCACAUCCAGUUUGUAGUGUGUCACAAAAGUUGAAGGAGUCGACCAGGUUGCUGCUCUACACACCACGUCCAACGGAACUCCCCUCAGGAAAGCCGACAAUGUUGCCACCGCUCUUGUGGAAUGAGCUUUAACCUGCAAAGGUGAGUCUCUACCUGCCAUAUUAUAAGCCUUAUGAAUCGUUAGGACUAUCCAAGAUGACAGGCGUUGGGAUGAUACUGAAGACCAAUGGAGUCUCUGCGGUAUUUCAAAAAUAACCUCGGAGAUUUCCUAUUAGCCGACGUUCUAUCUAUGUAAAAGGCAAGUGCUCUCCUAACAUCUAGGCAAUGUAAAACUUUUUCCAAAGUUUUGAAAUAGGGCUGGCAGUAUUGCCAGCAGUACUGCCAGAUAGUACUGGCAGGGCUGGCAGUACUAUCUCCUGAGAAAGAUGGAGUUUCGUAGCUAUUUUGGGAGGAACGCUAUAUCCGUCCUCAGAACAACUCUGUCCUUAUGCAUCCUAAAAUACGGCUCAUCACACCUCAAAGCACAGAGCUCACUCGCCCUACGUGCUGAAGUUAUUGCUACUAGGAAAGCUGCUUUCCAGGACAAAAAAGACAAAUCUGCUGUUGCCAUCGGCUCAAACGGCGGCUUAGACAAUGCUGCAAGCACUAUUUCAAGGCUCCAGGCCGAAAUAACUGGUGUAAUUGGGGGCCUAAUAUUCUUAAAACCUUUCAUAAAUUGUGACACCAGAGGGUCUGCAAAACAAGAAGGUAAACCUGCUCUCCUGCAAUACCAGGAUAAAGCUGCUAAGUAGCACUUCAAGGAUGACAGAGCCAAACCUUGGUUGGCAAGAUGCAUUAAAAAUUCUAAUACUAUUGUCGUAGAGGCCGUACAAGGGUCCGUGGCUUUCUCUUGGGCAAAUUUAGUAAACCUUGCCCAUUUGUAGUGAUACGAUCUUUUUGUGGAUGCCCUUUGUGCGGCUUCUAAAACAUCCCUCACGUCUUUUGAUAAAUCUGGGUCUAAUCCUACUGGAACGGGAGAAUUCUCCAGGCAGUUAGCCUCAGGUCCUGUACAUCUGGAUAAAGGACACAAUUGUCCUGUUGUUAACAGAUCCGUUCUGCAUGGGAAUGUCUGAACCUCCUCUUGGAUAGCUGUAGAACCAGCGCAAACCACGGCUGACGAGGCCACCAAGGAGUGAUCAAAAUCCCUUUGGCCCUCUUGCGGCACAGUUUCGACACCACCCUCAGAAUCAGGGGAAACGGUGGAAACGCAUACACUUCCUGCGCCCCCCAAUGUAUUGAAAAAGCGUCCCCCAUGCAGUUCGGCGCUAAAUUUCUCUCCCAUCUUGCGCAAAACAGGCAACACUUCCUGUUCAGCAUUGAUGCAAAGAGAUCUAUUGUGGGAGUCGUCCACUCCUUGAAAAGUUGAGAUGCUACUUCCUCAUUCAGAGACCACUCGUGAUGACCUAGUGGACUUCUGCUCAGAAAAUCUGCUAGGGUGUUUUGUUUUCCUGGUAGGUGGACUGCGAUGAGAUGAAUGUUUUGUUCCACACACCAUUGCCAUAUUCUCAGUGUUAAUGUCAAUAAUGUGGGGGAGUGUGUGCCUCCCUGUUUGUUGAUAUAAUACAUUACAGUAGUAUUGUCUGUAAGGAUCUGGAUGACCCUGCCGGAUAGUACUAGCUCGAAGGCCUUCAAUGCCUUUCCUACUGCUAGUAGUUCCAACUGGUUUAUGUGUAGAGUGGACUCUAGUGAUGUCCACUGCCCCUGUGCCGUGAGAUCGUCCAUAUGUGCUCCCGACCCCAUGAGUGAAGAGUCUGUUGUCAUGGUCUUUGAAGCGGUGACUUCUUGGAAUGGCAGGCCCACACAGACAUUGCUGCGCUCCAGCCACCAAAGUAGGGAUGUGUGAACUUCCCCAGGCAAUGAUGGGAGUACAUAGGGCCUGUGUGUUAGUGGGUCAUACAAAGAAAGGAACUACGAUUGCAGUAUUCUCAUGUUCAGCCGUGCAUGAGGGGUCACUGCUAUGGUAGAUGCCAUGUGUCCCAGAAUGACCUGGAUAUUUCUGGCUUUCACUCUUUUUCCCUGAAAGACUUGAAGAAUCAGUUUUUUUAGAUUUUCGAAACGGUCAUCGGGUAGGAACGCCCUCUCUAACUCCGAAUCCAGUACUGCGCCAAUAAACUGAAUUCUUCUUGUCGGCAUGAGCUGGAAUUUUUCCCAAUUCACGAAGAGACCUAGGGACUGGAGAAAACAGGGUUUUUUUGACAUGCUCUUCAAGUGUUUCUUUAGAUCUAGCCACAAUUAACCAGUCAUCUAUGUACGGGUAAACCAUAACACCAGAGGUGUGUAGGUAAGCUGCUACUGCCGCCAUACACUUAGUAAAUACUCGUGGCGCAGUUGCGAGCCCGAAAGCCAAGACAUUGAAGUUAUAAGCACGGUUUCCCACCAUAAAAGCUAGAUAUUUCCUAUGCUCCCUAUUUAUUGAAAUGUGGAAAUAAGCAUCUUUAAGAUCCACCGUUGCGAACCAAUCACCUUUAUUCAAUAAUGGUAACAGUAUCUUCAACGAUAACAUCCGAAAUUUCUUAGGUUCUAUGUAGGAAUUUACGUCCCUCAGAUCUAAGAUUGGUCGUUGACUACCUCCCUUUUUAGACACCAAAAAGUAUCUUGAAUAAAAACAAAACUUUUGAACUCCUGGAGGCAAUGGAGAAAUGGCCCCUUUUGAUAGGAGCUUAUCAAUCUCUUCCUGCAGUAAAGGAGAUUGAGUUGUAACUUUAAGUCGCCCAACAGGUGGCAACUGCUUAAAUUCAAUGUAGUAACCGUGCUUAAUAAUUUUCAAAACCCACUUGUCUGUUGUUAUUCUAGCCCAAACAUCAUAAAAACGGGCUAGGCGAUCGCCAAACAUGGAAGAUUCCUUACAAACUUCCCCAUUCCUGUCAUAACUAAAGCAUUCAACAUGUGUAACAUAAACAACUUGUGGUACAGAUCCAACUGUGGACGUUCCCUCUGCUGAAUCUUUAUCAAAAAUGCUGCUUUGGACCCCCAGUGCGGUUUGGUUUUCUUUGAUAUGGUUGGAAAUGGUUCUUCGUCCGGAAACUUUGCUUCUUAGGCACAAAUGGUCUGCUGUAUUGCAUGGGAUAUUGACGUUGUUGCGUAUUCAUGUAGUUACCGUAGCCUCUUCUAUAGUAAGGUGAAGCGUUCUGCCAUCUCGGUCGUUGUUGGUAUGAGUUUUGUUUUGGAAAACCAUAUAUUUGUAUAGUUUUCUUCAUUUCUUGGUUGUGCUUCAAUUUGUCAUCUGUUGUCGUGUUAAGCAACCCAUCAUGGAGCAUAGGUAGUUCCUCUGCUAAAGAUCUACCCUCUUCUGAUAAGUCAGAUGCUCUCAGCCAAGCAUGACGUCUAGUUGAUAUUGCUAUUGCAAACAUUUUCCCAGCUGAUUCCGCUAAAUGUUUUGCAAAAUCUUUCUGAUAUUUAGAUAGGAGCAAGGCCUCCGUUGCAAAUGCUCUAGGCAGAUGUUGCUCUUCCUCUGGUAGUAUAUUGACAUAUGGCAGUACCUUGUUCCAUAAGAAGGUCUGAUAUGCGCUCAUAUAGGUUGCGUAAUGAGCCAUUCUCGUAAUUAGGCCUGCUGCCAUAUGCAUUUUCUUUCCCAUGGUGUCUAGUUUUUUCCCUUCUUUAUCUGCUGGUGUCAUUGCAGUUUUCCUAGAUUUCUUGCCUUGCCCUACUUCAGCUAUUACAGUAUUAGGUUUAAAGGGGCGAACCAACCAGUCUGCAUUUGUUAAGUCAAUUCUAUAAAGAUUGUCCACUUUUCUGGGCAUGGCUGGUGCUGCUGCUGGUGACCCUUCUGGAAUUUUUGUAAGUUUUAAAAGGUAAGGUAAAGAUGGUAGUGCCGUAGUAUUAGGAACAUCUUGUUCGUCAGUAGGGAACAUUGGAUCUUCCAUUGUUUCCUGUGGCUUAGGUGUUGGUAAGUCCAAUGCUCUUAUCAUUCUGGACAAUAUAGCAUUGAAUUUCUUAAAUUCUUCUAUGUUAGAUUUAUCUUGAUCCCUCUCCUUUACUUCUUCAAGAAAUAAAGGGUUAUCGUCAGACGACUCAGAUAAGUCUAUUAAUGACUCUUGAUUCUCAUCUAUGACCUGUCUAGUACAUGGUGUAGAAGGGCCUUCCAAGGGGUCCUCAUAAUUAUCUUCUAUUUGGUUUAAACGUCUUACAUUAUGUUUGCCCUUAGUAUCUCUCCCUCUUGUAUUAUCUGGCUGCCAGGCAUAUGGAUUCGAACACCAUGUGCUCCUGAGGAGUCAUUUGCCAGUAGCCAUCCUUCGGGGGCAUGGGGGGCCGCCAGUCCUGGUUGCCUUUGCCCAUUGAGGAAGCUUUAGGGUGGCUUCCCUGGCUUUUAGCCUUGUGCUUUCUUCCCCUCUUGGGAGAGGGGAAGGAGCUUGAUGAUGAGUCAGAGGAGGAGGAGCUUGUUGAGCUCCUCAAUGGGGACCGCCGACGUCCUUCCUUCCCUUUUGUUGGGCUACGCGAAGGAGGGCACGCUCUCGCACGUUUAGGGGAGGGUUCCCCAAGCAGCCUGCUCGGCGGCAUUGAUACCGAAACCAUCGGUAUCGGUGCGUCUUUUGGAUCAUGGCCCCCAUUCAGGGCUCUUACUAAGGUAGGUGGAGAUUCAGUUGAGCUUGUUUCGGCCAUCUGGCCCUUGCCUUGAUCAGCGGGCGGUUUAAGGGUCGCCCCUUCUGCCCCAGUUUGUAUCUCUCUUGGCAAAGAGGCCUCUUUUGCCCCUUUUUCCAUGUCGAUAGCAAGUUGCGGCGCCAUCUUCCCCUCUCGCGAGGGAAGAGGCGGCUUGGCUUUUCUCUUCUUUAAGGCGGAUUGUGCAUCUUUGGGGCAUGUAGCCGCCUGGAUUUUCUUAAUAGUUUUUAAGUUCGGUGUCCCUUCCCCUUCCUUCUGAGGCAUCGGGAGAAGGGCUUGUUCAUACAAAGCUGCUUUCAGUCGCAGCUCCCUAUAUUUUUUAGUUCGGGGUGUAAAAGCCCUGCAUAUUUCACACGCCUGGGAGAGAUGUGCUUCUCCCGGGCAGGCUACACAUUGAAGGUGUGAGUCAUUGUCCGGUAUUUUAUUUGAACAAGACACGCAUUUCUUGAAAGAAGUUGUCAUCUUAAAUGUAUUAAAUAAAUAAAGUUAAUGUAUCCGAUGCUGCCUUUUUGCGGCGGAUUUAAUGUACUGGCCAGUAGCCCCGCGGCAGGGCUAUUUAUAGGAGUGAGGAGAAAAGGGCGGGGCUAUUCUAACGGUCAGUUGGAGUGAGCUCGAGAAUGUCCGUUGCUGCCUGCGUGCGCACGCAGGGAUUACCACAUGUGUGAAUUCACAGGCUAGCCAUGCGGGGAAACUCUCUUAAGCACUUGAAACAGUAAUGAAAAUUAAACUGUUCAAUAUUGGGAAAGCUGGUAAAAUAUUAGAAUGCUGUUGUCUUUAAUAUAAAUGAGAAGCCACAAAUCAUAUUUUUGACAUUUGUGUAUAAUUCGUUUGUGUAUGUUUGAAAACUUCAAUAAAUUUCUGUACAGAUGGAAA